CUGGGGCCGGUGCCGCCCCCGCCCCCGCCCCCGCAGGCGGACAGGAGGCUCGCGUGGCGCCGGCUGCGCGCGGAGCUGCUGGUGGCGGGCGCCUGCUUCCUGCUCACCGUAGUCAACGGCUUCCCCAUCGGCUUCUCGGCCGUGCUGCUGCCUCAGCUGCGCUCCAACGCCUCCUCACUGCCCACCUCGGACGACAUGUGCUCCUGGAUAGCCAGCAUCCACUCUGCGGCGACGCCGCUGGGCGCGCUGUCCUCCAGCUGGUUCUCGGAGCGGCUGGGCCGGCGCGCCACGCUGCAGCUGACGGUGCUGCCCAACGUGCUGGGCUGGCUGCUGCUCGCGCUCGCCAGGGACCAUGCCGUGCUGCUCGCCGGCCGCGCCGUCUGCGGAUUCGCCGUCGGGCUCGCCGUGCCGCCUACGCAGGUGUACCUGGGCGAGACGUCGGAGCCGCGGGUGCGCGGCAUGCUGGCGGGGUCGCCGAUGGUGAGCUACUCGCUGGCGAUCCUGGUGGUGUACACGCUGGGCAGCUGGCUGGAGUGGCACACGGUGGCCUGGAUCAACACGGCGCUGCCGCUGGCCGCGCUCGCCGCCGUCUCGCUGGUGCCCGAGAGCCCCGUCUGGCUGGCGCGCAACGGCCGCCUCGAGCAAGCCCGGCGCGCCCUCACCUGGCUGCGCGGGGGCCGCUGCGCAGACCCCCACGAGGUGGAGGGGGAGCUGCAGGAGAUGGUGUCGCGCAUGCACGCCGAGCAGGCGUCGCUGGCGGCGGAGGCGCGCUCGGGCAAGGCGCGGCCGUCGCUGCUGCAGACGUUUCUGCAGCCGCGCGUCUACCGGCCGGUGCUGAUCGUCAACCUGGUGAACAUGACGCAGAUCUUCUCGGGCACGUUCAUGCUCAUCUUCUACUCGGUGGACCUGAUCCGCGAGGCGGACGAGGCGGGCGAGGUGGGCGUGGGCGGCGAGUUCGGCGCGGCGGUGCUGACGGCGGCCGUGCGGCUGGCCGUGGCGGUGCUGGCGUGCGCGCUGCUGCUGUGGCUGGGGCGGCGCCCCAUGGCCGUGGGCGCGGGCGCCGCCACCGCCGCCGCCGCCUGCGCCGUGGCCGCCGUCUGCCGGCUGCGCGAGGCGCGGCCCCCGGGCCGGCCCGCCGCCCCCGGCGAGGCCCCCGCGCUCGUCGCCUGCCUGCUCCUCUACAUCGCCGCCAACACGGCCGGCUUCUUCGUGCUGCCCAUCGUCGCGACGGGCGAGCUGCUGCCGGCGCGCGUGCGCGGCAUCGCCGGCGGCUACAUCUACUUCUUCUUCAACCUGGUGCUCUUCGCCGUCGCCAAGCUCUUCCCGCUGGCCGUGCGCGCCGUCGGCGUCUCCGGCGUCUUCUGGGCCUUCGGCGCCUUCUCGCUGCUGGGCACCGUCCUCAUGUACCUCGCAGUGCCCGAGACCAAGGGCCGCACGCUCAACGAAGUCGAGGACUACUUCGACGGCGAGAACGCGCUCUGGGUGACCAGGAGGAAGGGCAGCGAGUUCUCGAAUCGCCGGGCCGCCCACAAAGCUUGAGGGCUUACGAAAACUGUGCGGUGAAGCAAAGGAGUUAGCAGUCACGUGCAGUGAUCGGCGUGGAGCAGCAAAGAGCUAAGAGAAAUCCAGUGGAGAAACAGUCCGAGUGACAAAAUUUUCGAGACCAGUUGUCGACAUAUUGCCUUUCGUCUUCCACGUCGGGAUUCCUGGCCGACGUUUCUUCUACGACUUUCCUGGCUGGGCUUUCGAUCCCAGUCCACUGCACGCAAUGGAAGGUGAACCUUUGACAGUACCAGCCACUCGUGCUGGGGAAAGUCAGAAAAAUCUAUUAAUCUGAUGGAACUGCAUUUUUCUGGCGACAUAUCAAUCUUCGAUGAGGAUAGAAUCUGAAGUAAUGAAUUAAAUCCAAGAUUUCCUGCUUACUACACAGAUGUGCUAACCAGUUACACAAACCUGCCAUUAUGCGUACCACAGCUCCACAGACAACCAUAGUCCACUUCCCUCCCUAUCACAAACUUCAAUUCAAGGCUUCAGCACAUUUUCCCCUUCAUAAAUCGCCAGUACUGCCGACGUUCAGCGAUACUGAAAUAGCACUUUUAUGUCUUCCUGGAGUGGCAGACAUAAGUUGGAAUUGAUUACGUAGGCUUUCCCUGCGUAAUAAGUCUUGAAAGUCUCUUCGGGUUUGCUGUCUGAUCCUAAAAUCAACUUGACGCGAUAUUUCGGCGAUCCAACUGUUCGCCAUUUUCAGGAAAAUGCUGCUUAUGCUGAUGAGUCCCGCUGAGAACUGACGCCAGGUUGCAA